GUUAGCGACUGUAUAGAGGAAUGUCAGACCCACAGAGAAUUCACCUGCAGAGAACAGAGCAGACCUGACUGACUCACCUGCUGAGAGGACGGGAAGAAGAAGGGAAUCAUUUGCUCAGUCAGUCUUUCAAUCAGUCAGUUAGUAGAGUGGGAUACUCAGUGAGUCGAUUGUACAUCAGUGAUUCAGUGAUUCAGUGAAUCGGAUCCUGUAUGUGCUGUAGGUCAGAUAUUUGGCAGGUCAUUUGAAUCAGGUGAUUCAAACAGAGAUUGAACGAACCAGGUGACCAGGUGAUCCAGUCGAAGCAGAUAGCAGUUGACCCAGUCGAAGCAGGCACCAGUUGAUCCAGUAUAAAUAUGCCCAGUUUGUCCAGUGUGGUCCAGUUCUCUCUGCUGCUGGUCCUCCUUCUGGCUGUUAUGGGUCAGGACUGUGCUACUUCCCAGGUCCAGAGUGAGGCCCGGUCCAGGGUGUGUGUGAAGGACAAGGUCUCUGACUGUGUGGACCUGACCAAAAUGCAGGAGCUGAUCCAGGAAGUACAGAAAGACUUCACAAACACGUCUCAUGAUGGCAGAAUCCUGUUAAAGACAGUCAUCUUUGACAAGAUCAAGAAGCACAAGAAGUACCACGGCUGUGUCCUGCUCAAAAUCAUGGACUUUUAUCGGGAAGUUCUCCAGAGACAAGACAGAAAUUAUCUUGACCUCAGGGGCCUGCUGGAUGAAUUGAAGGAAUGCGUUCAAACAGGAAAGAUCUGUGAAAAGCUAUACCAGGAAGCUGCUGGGGAGCCAGUAAAUGAGUCUAAGAUAGAGGAAGAUUUGGAGCUGCUGUCGAAGGAUGCAGCCAUUCUGCAGCUGCAGAGACUGGAGGGAGCCAGGAAAAAGGUGGUUGAGCUGUCCGAGAGGGCGACUCUGGACAAGGCCAUGGCAGAGCUACAGCGUCUGGAGGACUACAUUCAGGGGAGGGGCCUUCGCAGGACCUCAGGAAGUCAUCGGACCGCCAGGAACAACACACACACACACACACACACACAGACACACGCGUUACCGUGACUACGUAUACACAGUCCUGCGUUACAGGGACUACAUUUACCGUCUUGAUGUCACAAGUUUUACCCUCUUGAGCUGUCGUUGCUUGCAGCCAUAUUCCCUUAGACAUGUUCUGACACGUCCCUGUUGUUUGUCUAUGUCUUCAUCUACUUUGGAUAACUGUCAACAAUUUGAUUGGCUUGGAAUUUUGAACUUGUCCAAUAUUCAGUUGGGGAGAAUAUUUGCAUCCACUGUUGCUGCUAGUACUGCAUGUUCUGUUACUACUAGUACUGCAUGUUUUGUUACUACUAGUACUACAUGUUAUGUUACUGCUAGUACUAUAUGUUAUAUUACUGCUAGUACUGCAUGUUCUGUUACUACUAGUACUAUAUGUUAUGUUACUGCUAGUACUACAUGUUAUGUUACUACUAGUACUAUAUGUUCUGUUUCUGCUAGUACUACAUGUUCUGUUACUGCUAGUACUACAUGUUCUGUUACUGCUAGUACUACAUGUUCUGUUACUGCUAGUACUACAUGUUCUGUUACUACUAGUACUACAUGUUCUGUUACUGCUAGUACUACAUGUUCUGUUACUGCUAGUACUACAUGUUCUGUUACUGCUAGUACUACAUGUUCUGUUACUGCUAGUACUACAUGUUCUGUUACUGCUAGUACUACAUAUUCUUGUGUACUGUGUAUAUAUUCCACAUUCUUCUCUGGAGUGUUGCUCUCCUACCGGACUGUAUUACUUUAUUUGAAGUAAAGCCAUAGGAAAACAUGUGUUUUCUCCAGAUUGUCUGUACUUUCAGUGAAAGGUCUAAUCUGUGACAGGGAAUGCAGCCAUUCAACUAUAGAUUUAUCAUGUCAGCAUAUCAAUGGAUGUUUUUAAUUUUCUUUUUUUAAUGAAAACACUGUCUGUGAAAAAUAAAUGUUAAAAUAAAAAUAAAUGUUAAAAUAAAAAUAAAUGUAAAAAAACA